CCCCUAUCGGUGAUGUGGGCUCGGGCUCCCCUUAGCUCGGGCCCUUAGCUCGGGCUCCCCUUACCCAAUGAUUGUUGGGGGCGGUGCUACACGACCGGGGUGUGUCGGUCGCCGAAUCCGGCUGCAGCCACACUCUGACCGAGCCGCUUCCGAAGCAGCAUCUGACCCUGCCUUGCCGAGCUUGGCCAUCUCAGGGCCUGGUGCUGAGCUGCGGGCGAAGCUAAAUGCACGUUCACGAUGUUUCUUGUUGAAGUCGUAUGAGCAGCCAACGAAACCGAGACAGACAAAAUAACUUGUUUGGUUGAGUCCAUCUUCAACCCGGUGGUCUUCGCUUGAGCUUGCUCCGUUCCCUCCCUGAAAACACACCAACCCUUACAAAGACGGCCGCCAUGUCGCACCUGGCCGGGUCGCACCUGAUCGGAGCGCACACUAAAGCGCUCCACGAGACGGGCAAGCAGGAGGUCGUCUCGAUACAGAACCACACUAAACAGCCCACAAACUACCGACAGCAGGGGACCGUGUGGCGCCCGGCCCGGGACAUGCAAGAGGAGCCCGUGAUUCCCGCGCCGGGCUUGUUCGCGACACUUGUUUUGCCCCGCGACACAGACCAUGCCGGCGCCGACGCGGAUGCGGACGCGCUGCCGACGGUCGGCGAGUGCGCAACACAUCUGCAGCUGCUGCACGUCUUCUACGCGCUGCGCGUGCGCAUCAUCGAGUCGGCCGAGCUCGACAAGACGUUCGGCGUCGAGCAGAACCGCACGACCGUGUGGCGCACCCGGUACAGCGGCCGCUACGGGCGCAGCGAGAAGUACCAACACCCGCUCGGCGACGCGACGUGGAAGGCCCGCCGCAAGGAAAAGUUCCGGUACUAUCUCAUUGUCGCCGCUGCGCGGUUCCAGGAGUGGGUGAAGAAGGCGGAUGCGGUGUUGGCGGAGACAAAACAGGGCACGGGCAGUCUCUGUCUUGCUUUUCUGCCUCCUCUAGACGUUCUCAUGGUCUGGCACGCCUUCCUGCUCAACCCGCGAGACUUUGAGGACUACUGUCGCAAGCACCGCCUCGAGCGGAUCCGCAAAGUCCCCUUUCCGUGGGCCCAGAUCCACUCGGCCAUCGACUCUCGGACCGACACCUUCAUGCUUCCCAAAGACGCCGCAGCCUCCGCAGACUCAACCGGCCUCGCACCCGACCUGUUUGCCUUCCUCGCCGACGUCAGCAAAGCGCCUAGCUCCGUCGCGCCGACGCUGGCCCGCAAAGCCGCCACAACCUCAGCCGAGUCCAACUUCCUCCUCGUCCUCUUCACGCACGGCGGCACGCCCGCCACGCCCAACACCACUACCGCCACCGCCACCGCCACCGCCAACUCCAACACGGCACUCAUCGCCAACGUGCAGCGUCAAGCCGUCUUCGCCGACAAGAUGCACGCGCAGCUGUGGCUGCGCAGCCCGGCCGUCUUGCGCACGCUCUCGCGCGCAAUUUCCCGCUACGCCCAAUUCCUGGCCCUCUUCCGCGCACACCCGGGCCAGACGCUCGUGCCGGCGCUCGACGUCGACCUGGCGUGGCACACGCACCAGCUGUCGGCAUCGGCGUACGGCGCGGGCGUGCGCGCGCGCGCGGGGCGGUUCAUUGACCACGAUGAUAAGUUGGGUGUGGGCGUGCUGAAGGGCGCGCUGGAGAGGACUGCGGAGUGGUAUUUUGUGGCCUUUGGGGGGCUGUAUGCGCCGUGUCUCUGCUGGGACUGCGAGGCUGUGGCGGAGGUGUUGGAGAGAGAAGCCAAUGGGGACAUGGAUGAGGAUGGGGAUGGGGAUGGGGACUUGGAUGGGGAGGAGGAAGAGGACAGAAUGGGUAGGCUUGUUGACGCUGUCCAGGACGAGUUGCAUUACUACCGUUCUGUCGAGGCGGCCAGGCGCGCGAGGAAGCAGCUCCCCGUGCGGGAAAAGGUCCCUGCGUAGGCGCUGUGUUUCUUGGGGAUGUUAGUUUGCGUCAUGUGCUCUACCGGGGCGGUAUAAGUGGAGUGUAUGGGUGGCCAAUGUUGGCUGUAAAACGGUCUAGAGGGUGUGUAGUUGUAUCCACGGUCGAUAAGCACAUGUCAACAGAUGAUAAUAACCCCCUUGAUUCAGCGGGACGAAGCCAAUAAAGCCGCCGUC